AGCAAUAUUCAGUAUAAACAAGUUAAUGUCUUGGUUAGAAUGCUGUUUCUUUUUGUAGUUGUAACUGCCUGCUUUGGUUUUCUAGUUAAGGGAGAACCCUUGUCCGCUACCGAAUCUUAUGAUUUUGCAAUAUCCUCGGAGUCGCAGUUGUCAUUGCUAAAACUGAAAGAAACACAUGUCAACAAUCUCCAGAGCUAUAAAAAAGUUUUAAAGAAGCACUUACAGAAAAUUAGACGAGCCAUAAAGCAAUCAGAAGAACUCUUGAAAUCGACUAAAACCUCAACGCGUAAUUUAAUUUAUGGAUAUAAGGUUCUGAGGCACCUUCACAAUGAUUGGCCCCAGUAUUUCAGACUAUUAAAGAAAGAUCUAGGUCUUGAGCAGAUUGCGGUCUCUCAGAAGUUAUUAACACAGCAACCAACAUCUGUGGACUUCGAAGAAUCCAUGGGUGCUAUGCAUAGACUUCAAACGGUUUACAAUUUGGACUCCUAUGCCAUGACUGAAGGCUUUAUAGAUGCCAAAGAUAGGAACAUCAAAAAUUGGAGUGCUGAUGAGUGCCUAAUGCUCGGUCUGAUGUAUCUAUUCCUAAAAGAUUACAAUCAAUCGGAGAAUUGGUUGGAAUUGGCUCUUUAUCAUUACGAUGAUAAUCUCAGUCCUGAAGUUCUCAAAAUUAAACUUUGGAACUACCCGAACCUUUUGGAAUCCCUAGUAGAGGCCAACAAGGGACUUGGUCGCUAUCUGGAAGCUAAAAAGUAUGCGAAUGAGCUGCUUUCAAUCAAUCCCAAUCACACUUAUAUGCUGACACAACUGCCAAAGCUGAAACAUUUGCAAUCGAAUCCAAUCAAACUCACAAAACCAAAGAAAGUGUUCCAGCUCCAGAAAGAAAUAUGCUCAAAACGCUAUAGGAGGAAAUCAGGAGUGCUUGUGUGUCGCUAUGUGGAUUGGACACAAUUCCUUAAACUGGCACCCUUAAAAAUGGAGGAGUUGUCCAUGAAACCCCAUAUAAGUAUUUUUUACGGAUUCCUUGGUCAAAAGGAUAUAGAAGUUCUAAAGAAUGCGUCCAGACCAAAACUGCAAAGAGUCAAACAUUUAUCAGGUAAUUGCAGUUGCAAAAUCGGAAAUCUUUCCAGUUCUUCACAUGAUGUUGUACGCAAAGUAAAUGAGUUAAUUCUUGAUAUUACUGGGUUUCCAUCGAAGGGUAAUCAAAUGCUAGAAGUCAUUAAUUAUGGUAUUGCUGGAAACUACAAUCCCGAAGACACUGCAAAGCCCAAGAUCCACAACAAAGCAAAUGCUUUUAUAUUUUUGGAAAAUGCUGGAAAGGGCGGAGAAAUAGUUUUCCCUUCUCGCCAUUUAAAAGUCAGACCUCGAAAGGGUUCAAUGUUAUUUUGGGAAAAUCUGAAAAAUAGUGUUAUUUAUCAUCAGUGUCCAAUUCUAAAGGGAAAUAUGUGGGUGGCUAACAAAGUGUUAAACUGACGCUUGUACUUCAUAAUUUAUGUACUCUUGAAAUGCGAUUUUCCAUUUAUUUCAAGUUAAGCACUUGACACAUUCUGAGUUAUUGCGAAAGUCUGCGAGAUGUAUUUUAUAUUGAUGUGAAUUGC